UUAUCACGUACAUACAUGGAUAGCAAACCUUAUCAUAUCUAACACAAAGUCACUAAAUUCUUUAUGGCGUUGCUCUCUCACGGCUCCUUCUCCGGCGCGGCCAUCUUCCGCCACGCCGCCACCCGGGCGCCACUGCGAAGCCCGAUUCGAGUCGUGAUAAGAGCCGUGCAAUCCGCCGAGAACGAGAAGAAGGUUGCUGACACCAAAGAGGAGCAAAAACCUCCUCCAGCUGCUGCUGUUAAGCCCAAGAAACCAGUUUACUCCAUGAAGAAGGGACAGAUCGUGAGAGUCGACAAGGAAAAAUAUCUCAAUAGUGUAAAUUAUUUGUCAGUCGGGCAUCCGCCUUUCUACAAAGGGUUGGACUAUAUAUACGAAGACCGGGGUGAGGUGCUGGACUUGCGCAUAUUUGAGACCGGUGAAUAUGCUCUUAUUGCAUGGGUUGGAAUACCAACUGCACCAGCUUGGUUACCAACAGAAAUGCUAAUCCUGUCGGAUAAGCUGGAUUACGAGAGAAUAUAAUACCGAUAAAUGCCGUUGGAGAUCAAAGUAAUCAUGCUUGGUAAUUGUGAUUAGAGUUGCAAAAUGUUGGUUAUUGAAAAAAUAUUAUGUAAAUCAAUUUCAAGUAUUAUGUUGCUGCAAUCUUGAGUUUAGGGAGCAGUUUAUAUUCCCAUUUUUUUUGUUAUUAUCGAAUAUAUAAAUUUGUAAAUAGUAUGACACUUCAUUUCCAGCCCAAAUUAAAGCCCAAACUUCUAUUUGUGUA